AGAACGGAGUGAUCGUCGCCGCCGCUGCUGCUGUUGUUGUUGCUGCUGCGGCGUAGCUCCGCUCUGUUCAUCGCUCCCGGAGCGAAUAUCGCCUCCUUUUUACCGUUCCCUCGUCUGACCCUGGAGCUCAGAGCUGUGCAGGGCAAGGUGGACAUGGAGCCUCACGGCAGAGACGACGUCAAAGGACCGGUGCUGCACAUCGUGGUGGUGGGAUUCCACCAUAAAAAGGGCUGUCAGGUGGAGUUCUCGUAUCCUCCGCUGAUGCCGGACGAAGGUCACGACAGUAACCUGCUGCCCGAGGAGUGGAAGUACCUGCCAUUCCUCGCUCUGCCAGACGGGGCGCACAACUACCAGGAAGACACAGUGUUCUUUCACCUGCCUCCUCUCACUGGAGACAUGAAGUGUGUUUACGGAGUUUCCUGUUAUCGACAAAUAGAAGCAAAGGCCCUGAAGGUGCGACAGGCUGACGUCACCAGGGAAACGGUUCAGAAGAGCGUCUGUGUCCUCAGUCGAGUGCCUCUGUACGGCCUCCUUCAAGCCAAACUGCAGCUCAUCACACACGCGUACUUUGAGGAGAAAGACUUCUCGCAGAUCUCUAUUCUACAGGAACUUUACGACCACAUGAACGGCUCGCUGAAGGGUUCGUCGCUGGAGGGAUCGCAGGUUUAUUUAGGAUUAUCGCCAAGAGAUUUGAUUCUGCACUUUCGACACAAGGUUCUUAUUCUCUUCAAACUUAUCCUGCUGGAAAAGAAGGUGCUGUUCUACGUGUCUCCUGUCAACACACUCGUCGGCGCGUUGAUGACAGUUUUAUCUCUGUUUCCAGGUUUGAUCGAGCACGGCCUGGUGGACUCGUCUCACUACAGACCAAAGAGCAGCGUGUCCGAGGACCCGGGUCUGCUGGACAGUUUCUCUGCAGCCGACGAGUUCGUCUCCGUGUCGGUCACUGACACGCUGGAGCUGGAGGAGGAGGCGGAGUCAGCCCCGGCGUCCUCUGAGAACAGUGCGGAGGGAGAGAACGACCACCUCCUUAAACCGCCGUCGCGGACGUCACCGGACUCGUCAGAGAGCGACUGGGAGACUCUUGACCCCAGCGUGCUGGAGGAAACCGGACCCAAAGACACGACGUCGGCGACGACGACGACGACAGACUCCUCCCUCAACAAACCAACCACGCCCAUCACUGUGCAGCCGCAGCCGGGCAACGGUCAGGGGGGCGUCACCCAGGGUCUGGUGUCCGGUCUGGAGGAGGAUCAGUACGGUCUGCCGCUCGCCAUCUUCACCAAGGGUUACCUGUGUCUGCCCUACAUGGCUCUGCAGCAGCAUCACCUCCUGUCAGACGUGACGGUGCGGGGCUUCGUUGCCGGGGCGACCAACAUCCUCUUCCACCAGCAGAGGCACCUGAGUGACGCUGUCGUCGAGGUGGAAGAAGGUCGGAUCCAGAUCCAGGACCUGGAGCUGAGGAAGAUCCUGAGCUUGACGACGGCAGACCUGCGUUUCGCCGACUACCUCGUCAAACACGUGACGGAGAACCGCGAUGACGUCUUCCUGGACGGGACGGGCUGGGAGGGCGGAGACGAGUGGAUCAGGGCUCAGUUUACGCUUUACCUGCAUUCGUUACUGUCGUCUGCUCUGCAGGACGAUAACGAGCGGCUUCUGGCCGAUUACGGCGCCGCUUUCACCGCGGCGUGGAAAAUCACACACAACCACCGGGUGUGGCUCAGCAACAAGCACCCGGCCAUGACCUCCAUCACCCCAGGUCAUCCGUUCCAGGGUCAGUACAGCGUCGCUGACGUGAAGCUGCGGCUCUCACACUCGGUGCAGAACAGCGAGCGAGGGAAGAAGAUCGGAAACGCCAUGAUGACCACCAGCCGCAGCGUCGUCCAGACGGGAAAAGCAGUGGGUCAGUCGGUGGGCGGAGCUUUGACCAGCGCCAAGUCCGCCAUGUCCACCUGGUUCUCCACGCUGGCUCAGCCGGCCGCCGUGGCUCCGCCGGACUCUGCUGAACCUGAGGUCAAACCCUGACCUUCAGGUUUCCUCUUCACUGACUCUGUCCCUGUCCUCUGCUACGCUGAAGCCUGAGGGUCAGAAAGCUGCAUUUUAAUGAAGGAUUGGAAAGAAAAGCCUGGGGGCCCCUGUGUGGAUGAGAAUGGUACGGUCCAAAUAUCCACUGUGAGGCCCGAGAGGUCGUCACCUGAGCUGCUUCUUCUUCCUGUGAGACGUCGUUUUCACUCUUUGCUACGGUCGGUCCGUGUCCAAUAUUUUGAUAAAUAAAUAAAAAAAUAAAUGUAAAAAAACCAGAGGGUGAAAAUAAUAAUAAUAAUAAAACACCUUAAAAAACUACUGUGUGAAGGUAUAAACUGAAAAAAAAAAAACUUAUUUUCAAAACUAUUUUUCCUCCAAAAAUGUCUAAUAAGUCAUGAAAGGAUCAGUUGCUUCUUCAGUUUAUUUAUUCUACAUAUUUGGGGCGUUUUGAAUUUUCCCAGAUCCUCAUAACUGACAAAAAUAAAGUAAAAACUGAAUCAGACGAGUAAAACCAUCAGUAAAAAAACAUUGUGAGCUAAUUCAUGAAAACAGAGAGCAAAGUGUUUGCUUUAAACUCUGUAAACACAAAAAACAACUUACAUUUUCUUUUGCUAGGCAGUGGCAGCUAAUGUUAGCAUGUUAAACGUAGUGUAACUGUGGAAAAAUCGUAACUUUGGGAAACUUUUCCUAAGAAAAAUAGUAAAAGAUUCUAAACUCUGUAUGACAAAAAUGUCAUUAGCAACAUUUAUUAAUUAAUUUACCGUCCACAUAAAAAUUAGCAUGUAUGGGUUAGCUAAACAUGCGUUUUAGCUCACUAGCUAGCUAGCAGUCAUGUAGCUUUGACUCAGUAAGAAAAAGGGACAUCAAAUUCAUUAUUUACUCUUAAUCUGAAUUUGACAACUAAAAAAUUUUUUUUAGGGAAAUAAAAGCUGAGUCAUGUUAGCAAGCUAACUUUAUAAGCUUGCUGGUUAUCCUCGUUUUCAAAAAUGGCAGAACCGGUUGAAUGUUAAAGUGAUAUAUUUAAUUUUAGGUACAAAAGAGUUCCAAAUUUGUUUGUUUUUUAAAUUAUUCUGGGGAAAAUUACCCCUGUGUCAAUAUUCCCAGCAUUACACUAACAUUACCCACAUGCUAACUAGCCUAGCAACUGUAUCUUCACAACUUUACCCCUUUAAUUUCUUGGUGGGAAAAAAAGGAAUAAAAACAGAAAAAUUAGUGAAUUGAAUUUCUUGGAAAUAUCGUUUACUGAUGGAUAUUUUUGACUUUCCUGACUUCUCUGCACAGUACAUAUGGUAUUUAUUGCAAAAAUAUUCAAGUUUUCAGAUUAAAAAAUAUUUCUUAUAUUAUUUAAAAGGCAGUUAUCGCAUAUUUUUCCUUUUGAUAACGAAGAAAUUUACUUGAAAAUUGAGUUUUUCUCAUUUUAAACAAUUAUAAGAUGACGGUUUCUGAAACGACCACCUUGUUAUCGCGUGAAUCCUUUUUUAAAAACCUGAAAAACAGAUUCAAGUGCUUUUCGUUCACCCAGACCUUUUCUACCGUACUCACUGUCAGUAUAUAUAUUUUCUGAUUUAUCUUCAGAAUGUAAACGGUAUUUACAGCAAAAAUGACAAAAUAUUUAAGAUUAAAAACAUGGCUUAUAUUAUUUAAAGGGCAGUAAAUGCUGCAUUUUCCUUUUGAUAACUUGAAAAUGGAGUCAUUUUACAGCUGGAUUUUUACAAAAAAAUAGAAAUUAUGAACGCCGUUUAUCCCGGUUUAUGUAAUAAAACUUCCUGUAACUAUGAAAGGAAUUUUUAACUUGAAAACUGAGUUUUUAUCACCGUAAACUCAUUUAAAUUGUCUUUUUUUUAAAAUAAUCAAGGUAUACGUAAUCAAAUGUAACCGUUAUCUUCACCCACGCCUUUUAUACCAUAUAUAGUAUAUAUAAAUAAAUAUAAAUAUAUUGGGAAAACUAUGAUGAGUAAAACCUUAAGAGAGUUUUAAAAAGUCACAUAACUUUAUUUAUUUGUCGUGUUUGAAAAUAAUCCACAUUUUUGUCAUGACAACACUGGAGCGACGAGUCCUAAUCUGUGGACCACUGUGAGUUUAUUUCUUUGAUUACUUUUAUUGCCACGCAUUCACGUGUAUUUGUGUGAAAAAAAAAGUGCUUCCAGCCUCGAUUGUUUUGCUUGUGUUGGAUUAUAAAUGUCUCUUUUACAUAAACCUGUGUUUAAAAAUGUUUUUGUUUUCUUCGGUUUGUUAAAGGUUUGAGUUUCUGUUUUUUUUUACCCUCUUUUUUUUCCCUUUCUUCUAUUUAAAGAGAUUUGAAUGUAUUGUGAAGUCAAAUUCACACAAUAUUUUCUUGACCGAUGCUUUUAAUGUUAUUUGGAGAACGUGAUACGAUGAGAUUAUAUUGCUGGAUUAAAAAUUAUAUAAUUAAAUUA